AUUUACACGUCCCUGGCAGUGACCACUGUCAUUUUAAAUCCUUCUGAGAGGUGCCUGCAAUGGUCAGACGAUGGCCAGGCGUGUAUUACCACCAAGGCAACCGUGCAUAUCAUGACCCCAGAUUCGGGUAUCAACUUCAGUACACCACCCGAUAUCAAGGCACUUCGAGGAGAUGAGAAAGGGGAGCAGACGCUCGGGUGGUUCAGGACGAUGAUCGAGCCGGCUCGUGGACAGACGCAUAUCUGGCCAAGUAUAUGUCAAGAUUGGGGCGCUAUUACUCUCGGAUCCCUCGAUGUUUCCCUUCGUGGGGUUGCAUGCUCCCCUAGUAAUCUCACAUCGCGGGGAAGAUGCGUAAUAACCAUUCUUAACUCAAACGCUGAAGUAUCACUUUGGACGGCUGCUAAAAAUCACUUGAAGGGAGAAUGGACCAAUAUUCAAGAUGUUACAGGUCUGUUACUCGACACAGCUUCGUCUGAGGAUAUCAUUCGUAACACUCUUCGAGCGCAAGUGACUAGUCUUGCCUGGUCAAAACAACCGGACUAUAGAAUCACACCCACUCCGAUCCUUGAUUCGUCGGUGCUUGCCCUAGGAAACAGGGCGGGCUGUAUUGAGUUUUUCAGGUUUAACAGAAACAACAACUCAGGAGGUUCCCUCUCGCACAUCCAUACAGAACCAUUGAGCGAUCACUGGAUCACGCAUUUGAGCUGGGCACCUUGGAUUACUCACGCUGUCGGUCAUUGCGAAUCCCUACUGGCCUUCUCCACUGAUAAUGGCAACGUCGGACUAGUAAAAGUCACGCAAAAUCUACAGUCUACUUCGAACGUUGGUUUUGUGCCUGAGUACACAACCAGUGCUGUAUUCGACGUCCAAGGUCCAAUUUGCGAGGCUGAUAAACGAGGCGUGACCGCAUUAACAUGGGUUCAACCACCAGGAAGAAACCCGAUCCUCGUGUACACAAAACCCGGCCUUGUGUACCUGUGGUCAUGGCCCGGUUCUGAACCGGCUUGGAACGGCACUCGCGCAUUCCCAUUACAAACCCAAAAGAUGUCCAUCGGAUCCUCUGCCAUUAGCCCUGUCUCUGGAGUAUCCUACGUGCUUCACCGCGACGCACUCAUUCUUUCACUUUUCGAUGGUUCCUUACAUGUCAUCCAUAAUAUGACCGUGGAACCUACCUGGAGUCCUCCGCUUGCAGGCGACAUCCUCACCUCUACGGAACUAUCUCGCACAACACGGACGUUGUUUGCCAAAGUUACUCCUGCGGGGAUUUCUAACUUGGAUGUCAACAGGAUUGGUGGAAUGAUGUCGUACGACUCGCAGUCGACCCUCAUCUGGAUAUACGAAGCCCUUCGACCUGCAGAUUUUGGCUACAAGAAUGAAGCUCAGCAUGAAUGUAUGCUACUCACUGCACCAUUUUGGCAGCUCGACGAUGAGACCGUCUUGCACACCGCUUCAGAGGCUUUUGCUGAUAUCUCUUAUGGUGAAGCCUCAGGAAGUGCCCCCAUUCACCAUUUGCGUGCACUGAUGCUUCAUCUACGCAGUAAUGCGCGCUUCGCGGCGGUGUGCCCUCAGGUGCUGGAGAUUUUAUCGCAAGUACCACCAGAUCAAACAACGGCCAUAGUCUUGCCAUCCUGGACGCAAGGAUCGAACGAUGACUUGCGACCCCAGCUUCGGAAAAGCCUGACUACCCAUUUGUUCGGCUGGCCCAAUCUCCUAUCGCUUCGAAUGAGGCUCUCCAUAGCCGACCUAUGUUGGAAACUAUGCAAGGACCCGGAGAUGCAAGCACAGUGCGGCCAAGUCGCACAACGCCUGCUUGCCGCCAUCUCACACUGCGUGCUGCGGGUACUGGUUCGUCACUUGAGAGCCAUCAUCCCCGUCAUUACUACGCCUGAUAUCCCAUUUGUUCUCCGUGAGGUAGUACAGUCAUUACUGCCUGGUUCGCCACAAGAUCUAUCAGAUGAAGCUCAAGCUUUAUCAGAUGCUCUCACUGCGUCAUUCUCCAUCGAUCCUGCAAUUGCCGCGCUGCAUGAACACUGUCCCGCUUGCCACACCGAAGUCCCACUGCAUGACAUCACCCGCGCAACUUGUCCAAAUGGCCAUGCCUGGGCUCGCUGUACGGUCACCUCGUUCAUACUCUCGACCUCAAAGGUGCGCACGUGCAUCGGAUGCAGUCGGAAGGCCCUGCUUCCGCUUGCAACGUCGGAUGAGAGCCAGUUGCCUGUCGCUGCACAGAGUUGGAUCGUGAGGGAUUUGUUGGAGGCUGUACAUCGGUGUUUAUUUUGUGGGAAUAGCUUCGUGGAGAUCGUGUAG